UCACCGCAUUCCGAAUAGCGUUUCAGGGAACAGAUUUCCUGGCCAAUGACGGCCUGUGACGCAGAGCAAGGAUCUCCUUGAGCGCCUCACGUCGGUGAAUUGAGGUCAGACAGACCUAUAUGAAACGGUCAUGGUCAAGUUUUCCAUCGCGCUUUCUGGCCUGUUAGCUCUCCUCCACGCUGCUCUGUACUCCAGGGGUGUCUACGCGGCUGCUCAGAGUGUACACGAUCGCGACUCUUCCUCCUUCGAGUCGAAAUGUUCCUCCUUCAGUCUGCUAAACAUCUCUAUCGCUAAUGUUACGAGCACCAAGUAUUAUCCUCACGGUUCGACGGUCAACAUGUCGACCACUAUUUCCAGUAUUGACACGGACGACCUUCCGGAUUUCUGCCGCAUCGAACUCACUGUCACGACCAACUCCACGGCGGACUCCAGGUGCAACACGGAGCUCUGGCUGCCCACUACAUGGAACGGGAGAUUCUUGGCUAUAGGCAACGGCGGCUUCGCUGGGGGCAUCAAUGUGGGGGAAUUAGGUUACGUCGCUGUCAAUCAGAGUUACGCUGGAAUGUCCACGAACCAAGGCCACAACUCCACAGUGACUAGUGUUACGUGGGCCGGGCCGCAUAACGACAACGCUAUCGUUGACUGGGGUUGGCGGGCUAUGCAUCUCAGUGUGGUCGUUGGCAAGGAGGUUGUUCAGCAGUACUAUGGGUCAGCGCAGAAUCACUCGUAUUACAUUGGGUGUUCUCAAGGCGGUCGUUCUGGGCUCAAGGAGAUGCAGUUAUACCCUGACGAAUUUGACGGCCUAGUCAUAGGCUCUCCGGCAGCCUGGCAUUCUCACCUACGGAUGUGGGCUGGGUAUCUCUAUAAACUCGCAGAACCGAGCACCUCCGAUCGCUAUAUCGACCCCGCUCUGUGGACAAACGUCAUCCAUGAAGAAGUGCUGAAUCAGUGUGAUGCUAUCGACGGGCUCUCGGAUGGGAUUAUCAAUGACCCCAGGCUUUGCGACUUCAACGCAUCUGCACUCGCUUGCCAAUCCGGCCAGAAUUCGACAACCUGCCUCAGUAGCAUUCAGGUUGAGACGUUUGAGAAGGCCUACUCUGACUACAUCGUCAAUGAUCACUGGGUAUUCGGCUCAUAUUACCCAGGCGGAGAAGUCGGAUACAGCACGGGCUAUACGGAGAAAGUCUCUACAGUGUCUCAAAGCUGGUUCCGCUACAUGCUUUUAAACGACACCACAUGGCAGCUUCGCGAAUACAACUCGUCUCUGAUUGCUAGAGGCGACGCCAUCGACCCUGGACAAUCGGACGCUAUUGACCCCGACCUCGGUGCGUUUGCCGGGUCGGCGCAUAACGGGAAGCUGCUUCAUUAUGUCGGAUGGGCAGACCAGAUCAUCAGCCCUGGUGCAAGCAUCCACUACUACGAGACUGUGAAGAACUUUACGCGCGACAAUAUGCAGGUCGAAAUUGAUGACUUCUAUCGGUUGUUUACUGUCCCUGGAAUGGAACAUUGUCAGGGUGGCAACGGCGCAAACGCGUUCGGUAGCGUGCAGCAGGCGUCCAACAAUAUGCCGCCUCUGAACCAUGAGCCCGAAUAUGAUGUACUCGCUGCUAUGGUUCAAUGGGUCGAACAGGGAAUCGCUCCUUCCAACCUGACCGCCGUGCACUACAAGGACAAUGACGUGGCGAAUGGCAUCGACGCAAUCCGUCCACUGUGCCAAUACCCGAAAUCCCUUUAUUAUACCGGCGGCGACGAAUUGGACCCUGACUCGUAUACUUGCAAGGAGGCGAUUUGAGCCCUAUAUAGCCUAUACGGAGUUCUUGCGGCAUUCGUGGAAUGAGGUGGUACUGAUACGUACAUCGGUACACAAGGAAUCGGUGUCGUUCGGCUUCACCUUCAUUACAGUACUCGAUCUAUACGGACAUCAC